CGAAGAAGUAUACAGCGACAUGAUCUAAUAUUAGGCUCGUAGGACAACAACAGAUCCAGGAGAUCCACUUUGUGCUUUACUUGCUGGUUUUAUUUGAGAUGGAUUUUUUUCUUUUUCUUCUUUCUGAAAGAGGAUCGGUUUCACCUUCGACUUAUUAAGGUGUCAACAUCGCAAGAAUUCGAUUUAUUAUAUUCCCGCGACAACUUCCACAAUGGCACGUCGCGAGGCUUUUGCGGAAAUGCGUCGGCGACUCGACGAGCACGGGCUGGUUCGCCGAGUUUGUGAUGCAGAAACCGGAACCGAGCGACUCGAGGUCGAUUUUAGAAUUGAUCCAAGAAGAGGUGGAACAAUGAGUGGGGGCGAAGCUGCAUUGGAGGAACACCAAAGUUGCAGUGGUACUAGCAGAGCGGGACAAGAACGACAAAUUCAUGCUGCGACCAACAGCACAACACGAAGCCAGCCACCUGCUGAUGUCGUGCGACACCAGCUCACGAUUCCACUUACGCAGCACCUUUUACCAGGAGCGGGGGAGAACAGAAAUAAUACCAAGCGCCCCAGUUCUUCUACCGAGCAUGAUGUUGAGCAACACGUUUAUGAGCACGACGGAACCGGUGUGGUGUUGUGGCCUGCCGCAGUGCUGCUGUCCGAAUAUUUGGUGAAGCAGGUGAGAAACGAAUACGGAGCACUAGUACCUGUCGUCGGCGCCGCAACGUCACCAGGUCAUCCGACGAGAGCGACGACUUCUACUAACACGACUUCUGGCCCUUGCUCGAAGAAAAUGAAAAUCCUCGAGCUGGGUUGCGGCAUCGGGCUUCCGGGAAUCACCGCGGCGUAUCUGAAUCCGAGCGCCGAAGUUACCCUGACCGACCAGUGCGUCCGAGCGGCGCAGGCGAAUAUUGCAAUGCAAGAACAUCAACGUGUAGAAGUACUUAUGAACUGCAAAAGUGUCGUACUCGUGUAAAUGCAUUACAAAUUUCCUCAGCGUGAGAAAUGAAAUUUGUAAUGCGGAUUUACCUUAGCAAAAGGAUUUGCAAUGCACGAUUGCAAUACGAGUGCGAUAGUACUUUUGCACAGGAUAGUACCAGUACCGAGGACAUCUUCACGAUCGGAGGUCCUCGAGGAGGCGACAAGAACUCCUCCUCCCCAGAGCUCUACCUUUUAUCCUUCCGUGUCAAGCCGUCUCCAUGCCGAGACGUUGUCGUGGGGAAGACAGGAGCUGGAGGAGAAACAAAGACAACUGAGCAGUAAAUCAUCUUGUGGUCAUCUCCCGACAUCAUUUUCGACUUUGCAGUCGCAUUCCUUCGACCUGAUUCUCGGCGCAGACCUGCUCUACAACCAGGAGACGCCGGUUAUCAGGAAACUGGUGGAAUCGAUCGAUCAAUUGUUGAAGCUUGAAGGAGGUGUUGACCUCCAAGGGAGUAGCGACAAUGCAGCUUCCACUGGCUCGACGUCGCCGUCGGCAAGUUGGGGUGACCGCGACUGCAAUGCUGCUGCUGACAAAGACGAAGGGUUGAAAGGUGCGAUAGGACAACCGAGAGCCCUGAUCGCCUUUGAGAUCCGUGGGACGUGGUUCACGCAAGCCGACUUUUUGGAGAUUUGCACCGAGGAAUUCGCGUUCGAUGUGGAGACCGUGGAUCUGACGAGUAGGAUAGGAGUACACGCCGUUGAAGAUGCAGGGAUGGAUAAGGAGGAAACGAAAACAAGAAGAGCCGACGUGCAAGAGAGAACUGAGGGAGUAGAGCAAGCAGAAGUGGAAAUAAAAGACGAGCAUUACGAUGAUCCAUCGCGAAACGACAUUUUUCUGUUCAUUAUCAAAAGAAGGACGAGGACCAUACGACCAGGCAAAUAAUCUGCAAGCACUUAACGUUAACCAUAAGGGCGACAAAUUGAACGACCGCAAACAGAAUCAGAGAUGAACCACACGACACCGUCGCGAUCUGUAC